AAUUUUCACUCCUAAUUCCAUUCUCCCUUGGUUCUUUUCCAUCAAAAACAUCCAUUCUUGAUUUGACAAAUGGAAGUGUUUAAGGCUCAUGCUGAUGGAAAAUUAUGCAGAAGUUACCUGCUGAAUACUACUUGCUUUUCCAGUAAUCUCAAAAGGUGGGGGUUUUGUUUGGAAUUAUACCAUCAAAAGGGUGAUCUGAAAUGCCUAGACUUCUCCUGCUUUAUGCACUUUUGCCUCUCCUUCUGGUCCAUGUUGAUGGUCAAGAUCAAUCAGGUUUCAUUAGCAUAGAUUGUGGUAUACCAGAAAAUUCCAAUUAUACUGACAGUAGAACAACGCUCAAGUAUGUUUCUGAUGCCGAGUUUAUCGAUACCGGUGAAAUCCAUGACAUAUCGCCUGAAUACAGUAGAAAAUUGGAUCAGAGUGAGUUUAACAACGCCCAACUCAGGAAUCUAAGAAGUUUUCCUGAAGGAAACAGAAGCUGUUACACCAUAACACAAGGGAGUGGGGGAGAAAAGUACUUGAUCAGAGUGAGUUUCAUGUAUGGCAACUAUGAUAACAUAAAUCGACCACCAUCAUUUGAUUUAUAUCUUGGAGUUGAUUAUUGGGAUUCAGUUCGUCUGUCAAAUGCUUCUGAAAUAGUAACAAAAGAACUGAUACAUGUCCCAACAUUAGAUUAUAUGCAAAUCUGUCUAAUAAACAUUCAAAAAGGAGUGCCUUUCAUAUCAGCAAUAGAGAUUAGACCUCUAGAUAAUUCCACUUAUGUGACAGUAUCUGGAUCCUUGAUGCUCCGUCAGCGGCUAGACUAUGGUUCAGAAAGCAACCGAACUGUAAGGUAUCCUAAUGAUAGUUAUGAUCGGAUAUGGUGGUCCUCAACCAUACCUGGAUUGCAAAACAUAUCUUCUAACAGCUCAAUUCAGUUGAAUAAAUUUGCAAUUCCAUCUAUUGUCUUGGAAACUGCAGUUACGCCAAACCAUUCCCAUCAGCCCCUGAAUUUUUCGUGGAAUACUCGUAACAAAAGGGAACGGUUCUAUAUUUACAUGCACUUUGCAGAUAUCCAUAAGAUGGAGAAAGGGCAGUUUAGAGCCUUCGACAUCUUGGUCAAUGGAUUAUUAUGGUAUGGGCAACUGGCUCCUGAUUAUUUGUCAACAAUCACAGUCUAUAGCGGCAGUGGCACCAAAGCUGCAAAUCGAAGCAAAAUUGAGAUCUCCCUUAAAAGAAAUGAAAAUUCAAGUUUUCCACCCCUAAUCAAUGCCAUUGAGAUUUUUGUACAAAAACAGUUCUCACAGUUGCAAACAGACCAAGCUGAAAUUGAGGCACUGCUGAACAUAAAAUUAGCAUACAAUCUGAAGAACUGGCAAGGAGAUCCAUGUUACCCUCAAAAAUACGCGUGGACCAGUCUUCAUUGCAGUUACAUUAGCGACAGCCCACCGAAAAUCAUAUCUUUGAACUUGUCGUCGAGUGGAUUGGCUGGGGGAAUUUCUUCUUACAUAUCAAAUCUUACAAUGCUACAAUACCUGGAUCUGUCCAACAAUCACUUAAAUGGCACGAUUCCAGAUUUUCUAGCUAGUCUGCCAUUCUUGACAGUUCUAAACCUGGCAAACAACGAUCUCUCAGGGAUAAUUCCGCAGACACUUAUCGAAAGAUCAAGAAAUGAAACCAUAUCAUUGAGUGUCGAAGGCAAUCCAUAUCUUUGUCUAUCAGAGCCCUGCAGUAAGAAGAAGAAGAAAGAGUAUGUAAUUCCAUUAGCAGCAUCACUUGGUGGAGUUACAUUAGCAUUGUUAACCGGAGGUGCAAUUGUUUGGCGCCAAAGGAGACGAAAGAAGAAAGAAAAACAGAUCUCUGGGAGUAGCAAGCAAGGAGAGACGUCACUAGUGCCAGAGAAAACAAAGCUUACCUACUCUGAAAUUUUGAGUAUAACUAACAACUUUGAGACUGUAAUAGGGAAAGGUGGAUUUGGAACAGUUUAUCAUGGUUACUUGCAUAGCAUCCAAGUUUCUGUGAAAAUGCUGUCCCCUGCAUCAGUUCAAGGUUACAAGCAAUUUGAGGAAGAGGCACAAUUACUUACAACAGUUCACCAUGGAAACUUAACUUCCGUACUUGGAUAUUGUAAUGAAGACACUCACCUAGGACUGGUUUAUGAACACAUGGAAAAUGGAAACUUGGCAGAUCUUCUAUCGGAAAAGAGCAAUCGUAUCUUGAACUGGAAGGAGAGACUGAGAAUUGCUUUGGAUGCAGCACAAGGGUUAGAGUACCUUCAUUUUGGGUGUCAGCCACCAAUUAUUCACAGAGACCUCAAGUCUACAAACAUAUUACUAGAUAAAAACCUCCAUGCCAAAUUAGCUGAUUUUGGCUUGUCAAAAGCAUUUCAUUCAGGAGAUUUAGCUCAAGCAACUGCAGCUGUUGGCACCCCAGGAUACCUUGAUCCAGAGUAUACUAUAACAAACAAGUUAAAUGAGAAGAGUGAUGUUUAUAGCUUUGGGGUGAUUUUACUUGAAAUUGUCACUGGUCAGCCAGCAAUAACAAAAACUCAGGACAAAACCCAUGUCAUCAAAAGGGUUAUUUCAGUGCUUAAGGAAGGAGAAAUCAAGAACACAGUUGACCCAAAAAUAGGAUUGGACGUUAACAAUAGUUCUAUUUGGAAAUCUAUUGAGUUGGCAAUAGCCUGUGUAUCUUCAUCUUCAACUGAGAGGCCAACCAUGACCCAGGUAGUGAUGGAACUGAAGCAGUGUCUGGCUAUCUUGGAGAAUCCUCAGGAAAAUAAUGGUGGAAUCAGUUCCAGCCUUGUGUUGGUCCCUCUGACUUCAUCAUUUAGAGAUCCCCAAGAAAGGUAAUAGAACUUGCAUGGCAUAAGUUGUUCAUAUUCUAGUUUGGACCUUCUGUAUUUCAAUACCACUCUUUGCUAUUUUCAUGAAAGAAAUUGUUUCUUGUUUUAAAAAAAAAUAUAUGCGUCGAAUCAUAUUUAAUUAAAUUUACCUUCAACAAUUAAGCUUUUGAAUUGGUUGGUAAUUUAAGAUGGUAUGAGACUAAAUUGUUCAAAGAGAACAUAUGUUUAAACUCCUGCAAUGUUAUUUCCUUUCCAUUUCUGAGUC